CGAACGCCAAGAGUGCGUGCCGUCUCACAUACGAGUUUUUCCCAGUUUUUCGUUGGGAUAGUUGCACAAGAUGGUAUGUGGCGGUUUACGAGCAUCAUUUGGCAAGUAAAAGAGAAGGAAACGAGCGGGACGGAACAGCACAAAGUGGAGCGUGGUCAAACUGGGGGGCGCUAGCAUGGAUGAUUCCUUACACUGUUCUCACCGUCUCUCCUUCUCCUCAUACCCAGUCAACAGCCCGCGCCUCCCGCAAAAAGCGCGCCGUCCGCCAAAACUCCAACAUCUUCGCCAUGUUCGACCAAUCCCAAAUCGCCUCCUUCAAAGAAGCCUUCUCGCUCAUCGACCACGACUCCGACGGCUUCAUCGACAAAGAAGACCUCAAGGACAUGUUCGCCUCCCUCGGGUACCCCACCGACUCCUCAACGGACAACAUGAUCGAUGCCAUGAUCGCCGAAGCCCCCGGCUCCAUCAACUUCACCAUGUUCCUCACCCUCAUGGGCGAGAAAAUGAGCGGCACCGACCCGGAACUGGAGAUAUUGCAGGCGUUUGAGAGCUUUGAUGAGGGGAAGACGGGGACGAUUGAUGCGGAGGUGUUGAGGGAGUAUAUGAUGAGCAUGGGGGAUAGGUUUACGGAUGAGGAGGUCGAUAUCAUGUAUAAGGGCGCCCCUGUCACGGGAGGGAGUGAGUUCAAUUAUAGGGAGUGGGUUAGGGUGUUGAAGCAUGGCGAGUAGGGGAGUGGGAGAGGUUGGACGGACGUGGGGAUGUGUGGGAGUGAACCGCCAGGAUCCAGAACACUUUUCCGAAAUUGCUUUGUGUAACGUAGGCUGGCGUCUACAGGGCUCAAUAAGGUGAUAUUCGUAUAUACUGCAGUGGUAUCGAAGUAUAGAAGGACCAGAUGGUGUAGUUCGCUGCUAUUCCGUGCUAGUAGAAAGGUACUGUACUGUACUUGCUUACAGGAAUAGGAAACCAGCUCCAUCAUCUCUUAGAAACUCCGCG